AUGUGGUUCAUGUACGUGCUCAGCUGGCUGUCCCUGCUCGUGCAGGUGGCCUUUUGUCACCUUGCUGUCCCCGCAGCGGCCGGGCUCUAUUACCUGGCCGAGCUGAUCGAGGAGUACACGGUGGCCACCAGGAGGAUCAUCAAAUCCAUGAUCUGGGUGAGUCUGGCAACCCUUAUUUCCCUCUUUUUAUCCCCAUUUUUCCCCAACAUUUCCCCCAUUAUUGGCUCUUUCAGUAACCUCGUGUACCUGGGGCUGAAUUUGGGGUUCCCCUGCAUCGUGCUCACCUCCUCCAACUUCCUCCUCUCCUGCGUUUUGGUCGUGGUCAAUCACUACCUGGCCUUUCAAUAUUUCGCCGAGGAAUUUUAUCUUUUCUCCGAGGUCCUGGCUUAUUUCACCUUCUGCCUGUGGCUGAUUCCCUUCGCCUUCUUCGUGUCGCUGUCGGCCGGGGAGAACGUCCUGCCCUCCACGGUGCAGCCCGGAGCACGCCGUCCCAAUUAUUUCACCAAGGGGAAAAAGAGGGCUCCCGAUUCUCCUGAUUUUCUCCCCUUCAUCAAGGAAGCCAUCCUGCCCAGCAGGCAGAAAAUUUACUGA